UUGAGCUUCUUAUCAGAGCAGCACCAGCAGCGCGAGGACAGAUUUCUCUGUGGACGUUAUUUCACCGGGUUGAUCUCCGGAGCAGGGCUCGUGCAGAAGCCUGGAAGCUGAAUCUGAUUGGGUGUAACAACCGGAGAGACUGUUUGAUUCUGGGGACGAAGUCGGGGGAUCAGAGGGGUUAUUCAGGCUGUGUUCCCUCUGUCCUGUGCGUGAGUGUGAGUGUGUGUGUUUUGCACCGUGGAGCUUCCUCGUCCCCAAAUGGAUGUGAGCGCGUGAGGGGAAUACUAAUGAACGGCGCGCUGCGUCCUGCCGAGGCGCACCGCGUCUCCUGCUGACGCCGAGGGCCACAGCGGAGCCUCUCCGUCAUCCAGCCUGAUCCACACCUGAGGAAUUUUACACCUCCAUCACAGGAUUAAUGCGCGCGAGCUGAGGGAUAACAGCUGUUUAUUUGAACGCGCAGGGAGGGGGAUUUAACCUCGAACAGCUGCAGAAAAUGGGCAACAGCUUCUCCAACAUCUCCGCCUUCCAGUCCCUGCACAUCGUUAUGCUGGGGCUGGACUCUGCGGGGAAGACCACCGUCCUCUACAGACUCAAGUUUAACGAGUUCGUCAACACGGUCCCCACGAUCGGCUUCAACACGGAGAAGAUCCGGCUCAGUAAUGGCACGGCCAAGGGCAUCAGCUGCCACUUCUGGGACGUAGGGGGGCAGGAGAAGCUGAGGCCACUGUGGAAGUCUUACAGCCGCUGCACGGACGGGAUCAUAUACGUGGUGGACUCUGUGGACGUUGACAGACUGGAGGAGGCGAAGACGGAGCUGCACAAGGUGACGAAGUUCGCGGAGAACCAGGGGACACCUCUGCUCGUCAUCGCCAACAAACAGGACCUGCCCAAGUCUCUGCCGGUGGCCGACAUCGAGAAGCAGCUGGCCCUGCACGAGCUCACCCCCUCCACCACCUACCACAUCCAACCUGCCUGUGCCAUCAUAGGCGAGGGUCUGCACGAGGGCAUGGACAAACUGUACGAGAUGAUCCUUAAGAGGAGGAAGUCUCUGAAGCAGAAGAAGAAGCGAUAACAGUUCGCUCAGGUGUUCUCCUCCACAGGUUUCCUCUGCAGUGAUUUUUUUUUUUAACCUCCAGUUUGGAUCCAAGCUGUUUGACGCUGUGAAGCUGCAGAAUGAUUUAAUAACCAAAAUAAAGACAGAACAUUAACUCUAAAUGACUUCAGAUCAGAUCAGCAGGAGGAGGAGCGGGCUGGCCUGUUCCUCUGCUGCUGAAAGAAGCUCCCGCUGUAGGUCUCUCAUGGUUUUUAUACCCAUGAUCCUCUCUGGAGACUCAUGUUGGAUUUUGCACGAGGCUGGGGUCGCGUGUUCCCGCUGCUCUUUGUUGUUUUUUUUGUUUUUCUGACAAAAAGACAUCAGUGUUGGAUGUCUUUCGACUGUUUUUGGAGCAUUGAAGUAGCCUUUUUCUCUGCGUGGUGGACCGAGGACUGAGCGGUCACUACUUUGCACUUUUCAUUUCCUAACAGACUGUAGAGAACAACACUGUACUCAUAGAGGAGCAGAUCAGGUCUUUAUGUACCGAGAAGCCAAAAUUGAAGUAUUUUUGGAAUAUUAAAAGAUUUAAAAUGCAA